CUGCCACAAAUACUCCAAGCCAGGAUUUGGACGUCAAUACUCAAAGUCAGUAACUGGGCGUCUGCCGUGAUACCCAACCAUGGCAGAGAUACGGACACAGAGACCCCCUAUUCAUAAUGAAGACCUCAAAAACCCAAACAGGUGUUCUUACUCGUAUUCCUGUAGGCUAUCCCAGCCAAAAUAGCCGUAGCAGUUUGUUUGUAGGCUACAUCAGGACCCUGUUGAUUACCUGGGGUCGAUUGUGAUAGGAGUCUGAAAUAUCUCUUUAGGAUAUCCACAUCCAGCAAACUAGGUUGCUACGGUAACCUGGGCACGAGGACAUCACCCCGAAAACGGUGGGGUGUUGUGUCUCCAUGCUGUCGGGGGGCCCGGAGAGUGGUUGUGCCUUCUCCCCCUCAGGAGUUGAAAUUAAUGUUUCCGACCGGACGGGAAGGCAGCGGCACAGUGGAGACCUCGCGCGCCAAUGUGGGUGGGGAUAUUUCAAAGUAGACCAAUCAGCGAGAGCUACGUCUUACGGAGCGCAGCGAGUCAAACGGCCCGCCCUGACGUGGUUCAUUGAAGAAGAAGAGGGACGGACUCAGCACGCUAUCCUCCUCAGAAGAAAUUCAAUCAUGACGGCCAAACUUUGCAAGCUUUUUGUUGGAGGACUCAACGUGCAGACUACAGACGAUGGACUCCGCCAGUAUUUCGAGCAGUUCGGCUCUCUCACCGACUGCGUGGUGGUCAUGAACCAGCAGCUCGGACGGUCCCGCUGCUUCGGCUUCAUCACCUACUCGACGCCGGAGGAGGCCGACGCAGCAAUGGCGGCUAAGCCACAUGUCGUCGAUGGCAACACCGUGGAGCUCAAAAGGGCCGUGGCGCGAGAGGACACACAGAACCCGGACAUCAGCGCCAACGUGAAAAAAAUAUUCGUCGGCGGCGUUAAAGACCACAUCGAGGCCGACAACCUGACCGAGUACUUCUCGCAGUUCGGCGUGGUGGAGAAGGCCGAGAUCAUCUCCGACAAGCAAACCGGCAGGAAGAGAGGCUUCGGCUUUGUCUACUUCGAGGACACCGACUCCGCCACCAAAGCCGUGCUGACCAAAUACCACACCAUAAACGAGAACAAGGUGGAGGUGAAGAAAGCCCUGACCAAGCAGGAGAUGUCCACCGGCGGCGGCAGGGGCGGUAGAGGUCGAGGAAGAGGGAUGCAGAGCUAUGGCGGCGGAAGAGGAGGCGGCGGCUACGGGGGAGGCUACGGCGGUAAUUACGGAGGUGGCUACGGCUAUGGCGGGGGAUACAACGGCGGCGGAGGCUACGGGGGAGGCUACGGUGGAUACGAAGAGUACGACAACCAGAUGGGAGAUUCUUACAGCAACGGUGACUUUGGGGACGGCUAUGGACAGCAGCAGUCCAAUUACGGAGCAAUGAAAGGGGGCAACUAUUCCUACAGGAGCGGGGCUCCAUACAACAGAGGCGGCGGCGGUGGGGGCUACGGCAGGGGUGGUGGAUACGGCGGUGGCUAUUAGUGCCUCCUCCCUCAAAUUGUGAGAUGUUCAUAGGGAAAUUUUUGAUUGAUAUGAACUUGAAUUACACACACACACAUACACACAUUACACAAUCCCAGGUGGGGGUGAAGAAGGGGGCCUUUGUUGAAUUCAAUUUAAGAGAGCAGU